AUGCAGCACUACGGGGUGAACGGAUACUCCCUGCACGCCAUGAACUCCCUCAGCGCCAUGUACAACCUGCACCAGCAGGCCGCGCAGCAGGCCCAGCACGCGCCCGACUACCGGCCGUCCGUGCACGCGCUCACGCUGGCCGAGAGACUCGCUGACAUCAUCCUGGAGGCUCGCUACGGCUCUCAGCACCGCAAGCAGCGCCGCAGCCGCACGGCCUUCACCGCGCAGCAGCUGGAGGCGCUGGAGAAGACCUUCCAGAAGACCCACUACCCAGACGUAGUGAUGAGGGAGCGGCUGGCCAUGUGCACCAACCUGCCCGAGGCCCGAGUGCAGGUCUGGUUCAAAAACCGCAGAGCAAAGUUCCGCAAGAAGCAGCGCAGCCUCCAGAAGGAGCAGCUUCAGAAGCAGAAGGAGGUUUCAGGGGAAGGAGGCAGCGAGAAGGAGGACUCGCCUCCCGCCACCACCAUCCUCCCAGAUGCCCAGCUCCCUCCUUCGUCGUCCUCCUCCUCUUCCUCCUCCCUGGAGACGGAGGGUCCCGUGGUUCGUCCUGUCCCGCUGGACAUGGAGCUGAACGUCACGUCAGCAGAACAAUCCGGCAGCGAGUCAGCGACAGAGGAUAAUGCCACAGAUAAGGAGGACGAGAGUAAAUCUCAGAGAGAGGAGAUGAAGAGCGAGAGGGCGGUGACACCCGGAGACGUCUCCCAGGCCUGCAAAAGACUCAGCCCCAAACCAGAUUCUCCCCUGGUCUCUCCGUCAGUGACGCCCUCCUCCUCCAGCAGCAGCAGCCUGGCCAGCAGCGGUCCUCUCUCUCAGAGCCACUCCUACUCCUCCUCCCCUCUCAGCCUGUUCCGUCUGCAGGAGCAGUUCCGCCAGCACAUGGCUGCCACCAACAACCUGGUGCACUACCCUGCUUUUGACCUCGCCGCCCCGUCUUCACUUCCCUACCUGGGGAUGAAUGUCAACAUGCCACCUGCGCCGCUGGGCUCGCUGCCCUGCCAGUCCUACUACCAGUCCCUGUCCCACCACGCCCAGCAGGUGUGGAACAGCCCGCUGCUGCAGGCGUCGGCUGCAGGCGGCCUCACCAGCCACAACAGCAAGACCACCAGCAUCGAGAACCUGCGUCUGAGGGCCAAGCAGCACGCCGCCUCCUUGGGACUGGACACAAUGUCUAACUGA